AUGGACAACGAGUCAUGCUGCGUCAUCGAGGGGGAUUCCAUCCCUCAGGUGAUGCCACCACUGCUGAUCCUGGCCUUCGUGCUCGGCGCCCUGGGCAAUGGCAUAGCCCUGUGUGGUUUCUGCUUUCACAUGAAGACCUGGAAGCCGAGCACUAUUUACCUUUUCAACUUGGCCGUGGCCGACUUUCUUCUCAUGAUCUGCCUGCCCUUUCGGACAGACUACUACCACAGACACAGACGCUGGGCCUUUGAGGAUAUUCCCUGUCGGGUGGCGCUCUUCAUGCUGGCCAUGAACAGGGCUGGGAGCAUCGUCUUCCUUACGGUGGUGGCUGUGGACAGGUAUUUCAAAGUGGUCCACCCCCACCAUAUGGUGAACACCAUCUCCAACCGGACUGCGGCUGGCAUCGUCUGUGCCCUUUGGACCAUGGUCAUCCUGGGCACUCUGCAUCUUUUGAUGGAGAACCAUCUGUGUGUGCAAAAGGAGACCAUAUCUUGUGAGAGCUUCAUCAUGGAGUCAGCCAAUGGCUGGCACGACGUCAUGUUCCAGCUGGAGUUCUUCCUGCCCCUUGGCAUCAUCUUAUUUUGCUCCUUCAAGAUUAUCUGGAGCCUGAAGCAGAGGCAGCAGCUGGCCAGGCAGACUCGGAUGAAGAAGGCCACCCGGUUCAUCACGGUGGUGGCCGUUGUGUUCAUCAUAUGCUACCUGCCCAGCGUGUCGGCCAGACUGUAUUUCCUCUGGACGGUGCCCACGAGCGCUUGCGAUCCGUCUGUUCACGUAGCCCUCCACGUUACCCUCAGCUUCACCUACAUGAACAGCAUGCUGGACCCCCUGGUGUAUUACUUUUCAAGUCCUUCGUUCCCCAAAUUCUACUCCAAGCUCAAAAUCAGCGGUCUGAGACCCAAACGUCCGGGAGGCUCCAAGACACGGAGGCCAGAAGGGACGCCAAUUCCAACCUCUGUCGCAAGAAUUGCAUCAGUGUAA